UAUACAUUGCAUAGUAAAAAAAAGUAAAGAGUAUUGCCAAUAUAUUUUGACGAUUCAUUUAAAACGAAAUAAGGUAUACAUUUUGUGUGUGAAGAAAGAGAGAAGGGAGAGAGAGAGAGAGAGAGAGAGAGAGAGAGAGAGAGAGAGAGAGAGGGAGAGAGAGAGAUUGUAAAUGUCCGAGCGUCUGACAUGUGACUGGAAGUUUGCGAUAACAAGUAUAGCGCAGCGACUCCUAACGCAACGCAAAUGUCCUACUUCAAUAGUAUAGUGGGGGAACAUUGAAGCUUAUUGUUACAUAGACAGGUGGAAAGUGGUUACUGUGAAAUUAUAGUACGUUAUUAAUUUGCGGUUGUCCGCCGAAGCAACCAGUUCUUGAGUACGAUUGACGCACCAGCAAUUUGAUUCAUAUUAUUCAUCCUAUGUCGAUUAAAUUUAAUAUUGUGUACAUAUUAAUAUUCCUAUUCUAUACAUAUCAUCAAACCAAGCUUUAGUAUAACGCUGCAGCAAAGUUGAGCAGAGAAAGAAAAGCCCGAUAUGACGAGUCGUUUGUGGAAAGCGUUGUCGCGACGGCGUAUAGAGCUGGAGAAUGAAAAUACGAAGGGCGAACGAUUGGCACGGGUCCUCGAUUUAUUUGAUCUGACUGCACUCGGGGUGGGUGCGACUCUCGGCUUAGGCGUCUACGUCCUUGCUGGUAGCGUCGCUAAAGAGACGGCUGGACCUGCCGUUUCCAUAUCUUUCCUUAUAGCUGCUAUCGCGUCUGCAUUUGUAGGCUUGUGUUACGCGGAAUUCGCGUCGAGAGUGCCAAAAGCUGGAUCAGCGUAUGUUUAUAGUUACGUAACGGUAGGCGAGUUCAUCGCCUUCGUCAUAGGAUGGAACUUAAUUCUGGAAUAUGUAAUUGGCACAGCGAGCGUUGCUCGAGGUCUUAGCAGUUAUAUCGACGCGUUAAUAGGAAAUGUCAUGGGAAAUGCUCUACGCUCUCUUAUGCCUAUCGAUGUUUCUUUCUUAUCAGAGUAUCCUGAUUUUUUCGCUUUCGCGAUGGUCAUGUUACUAGUGGUGUUAUUAUGCAUCGGUGUGAAGGAAUCGUCCAUCUUAAACAACAUUUUUACCGUUAUAAACUUGAUAACUAUCACGAUCGUUAUCGUUGCAGGAUCGAUGAAAGCGAAUCCAUCAAACUGGUCAAUCGCACCCGAAGAUAUUCCAGAUACUGUGAAGAAUGGAGGAACUGGUGGAUUUAUGCCGUUUGGCAUGAGUGGAGUGAUGGUCGGAGCGGCCAAAUGUUUUUACGGAUUCGUGGGAUUCGACGCGAUCGCUACUACCGGCGAGGAAGCCAAGAAUCCUCAACGUCAUAUUCCUCUUGCGGUCGUGUUAUCCCUCAUUGUUAUAUUCAUAGCGUACUUUGGUGUCUCCAUAGUCCUAACGAUGAUGCUGCCUUAUUAUGCUCAGAGUGCGGACGCGCCGUUUCCACACGCAUUCGACGAGAUCGGCUGGCCUGCCAUCAAAUGGAUCGUCAACAUAGGCGCGAUAUUCGCGCUCUGUACCAGUCUCUUGGGCGCUAUGUUUCCUUUACCGCGCGUAUUGUACGCCAUGGCUAGCGAUGGUAUAAUAUUCAAGACUCUCUCCACGGUGCAUCCCAAGACAAUGACGCCUAUUUACGGCACAGUGCUCUCUGGUUUACUUAUCGGUCUCAUGACACUCAUCUUCAAUCUGCAACAAUUGAUCGAUAUGAUGUCUAUCGGAACUCUACUUGCGUAUACGAUAGUAGCGAUAUGUGUUUUGAUAUUGAGAUAUCAAAAAGAAGAAAAUUCCAGUAACGUUUCUGUGAUAUUACCAACGAGCAAUUAUCAACUUACACCUGUAAAUAUAUUUAAGGAAUUGUUCAAUUUGCAAAAUCGGAAAGAACCAACAGAACUUUCUAACAAAAUUGCAAAUAUCGGCAUUGCCUUCNNNNGUAUCGUUAUAUGUAUUAUCACGUUUCUGAUUAGUAACAUGGGCGCGCAUUUGCUCGCAGGAAAUAUGGUGAUAUCUGUGACACUAAGUGUACUCGCGAUUGUUCUUUUCUUGAAUUUAGCAGCGAUUGGUAGACAGCCAGUGCAGAGAAUUGAAUUGUCUUUUAAGGUACCCCUCGUUCCGCUUAUUCCGUGUCUCAGUAUUUUUAUAAACACAUAUUUAAUGUUGCAACUAGACAUCUUUACAUGGAUCAGAUUCGCCACUUGGUUACUGAUUGGCUUCUGCAUUUAUGGAUUUUAUGGAAUUGUCCAUAGUGAACAAGGGAAAAGAGAUAAGGCAGAAAAUGAAAAGUUACAACAAAAAUAUGUAGAAAAAUUUAGAAUAAUAACAUCAUUUUGA